AGGCCCGGGGGGGAGUCUGAAGUGGAGGGAGUCUGAACUAGAGCGUCCCUCCUAGACCACCCCCGCCAAGGCGUGGCUCGCGGCCUGCGGGCUCCGGCCGCCUGGGGAGGCGGUGCUCUCCGCGUGGCCCCGGAAGGACUUCCCGCGGAGGCGGGCGAAGGAAGCAGCGGAGAGGCGGAGGCAGCCCGAGGGGGCGGUUGCGUGCGGACGAGGCGGCAGUGGCUUGGUGAGGUUCCAGACGCCGGCUCUCCGGGAUCCGAGCCCGCCGAGCCCACCCGGCCACUUCUCCCCCUUGCGCUUCCGGGAGCCGUCGCGAGCGAGUGCGCCUGCGCGCGGGCCACUUCGUGAGCCUCGCCGCUGUCCUCGCGCCGGCCGGCUGCCCGACGGUUCCUGCCGCUCUUCCCGCCCGGCGUCUAGGCUCCGCCGCAUACACAACGUGCGGCAUGUCACGGCGGCGGCACAGCGACGAGAACGAUGGGGGACAGCCUCACAAAAGGAGAAAGACCUCUGAUGCAAAUGAAACUGAAGAUCAUUUGGAAUCUUUAAUAUGCAAAGUUGGAGAAAAGAGUGCCUGCUCUUUGGAGAGCAACCUAGAAGGCUUGGCUGGUGUUUUGGAAGCAGAUCUUCCUAACUACAAGAGCAAGAUCUUAAGGCUUCUCUGUACAGUUGCACGUCUGUUACCUGAGAAGUUGACAAUUUAUACAACACUAGUUGGACUGCUGAAUGCCAGGAAUUACAACUUUGGUGGAGAAUUUGUAGAAGCCAUGAUUCGUCAACUUAAAGAAUCGUUGAAAGCAAACAAUUAUAAUGAAGCUGUAUAUCUGGUCCGUUUUUUAUCUGAUCUUGUGAAUUGUCAUGUCAUUGCUGCUCCAUCAAUGGUUGCUAUGUUUGAAAAUUUUGUAAGUGUUACUCAGGAAGAAGAUGUGCCUCAGGUGCGGCGGGAUUGGUACGUGUAUGCCUUUCUGUCGUCCUUACCCUGGGUUGGAAAGGAGUUGUAUGAAAAGAAAGAUGCCGAGAUGGACCGCAUCUUUGCCAACACUGAAAGCUAUCUCAAAAGACGCCAAAAGACUCAUGUGCCCAUGUUACAGGUAUGGACUGCUGAGAAACCACAUCCACAAGAAGAGUAUUUAGAUUGCCUGUGGGCCCAGAUUCAGAAAUUGAAAAAGGAUCGCUGGCAGGAGCGACACAUCCUAAGACCUUAUCUUGCCUUUGACAGCAUUCUGUGUGAAGCACUGCAGCACAACCUGCCUCCUUUCACUCCACCUCCUCACACUGAAGACUCCGUGUACCCGAUGCCAAGGGUCAUCUUCAGGAUGUUUGAUUACACAGACGAUCCUGAGGGUCCUGUAAUGCCAGGAAGUCAUUCAGUGGAAAGAUUUGUCAUAGAAGAGAAUCUUCACUGCAUCAUUAAAUCCCACUGGAAAGAAAGGAAGACUUGUGCUGCACAGCUAGUGAGUUAUCCUGGGAAGAACAAGAUCCCCUUGAACUACCACAUAGUUGAGGUGAUCUUUGCAGAACUGUUUCAGCUUCCAGCACCCCCUCACAUCGAUGUGAUGUACACAACACUUCUCAUUGAACUGUGCAAACUUCAGCCUGGCUCUCUACCCCAAGUUCUUGCACAGGCAACUGAAAUGCUAUACAUGCGUUUGGACACAAUGAAUACUACGUGUGUAGACAGAUUUAUUAAUUGGUUUUCCCAUCAUCUGAGUAACUUCCAAUUCCGCUGGAGCUGGGAAGAUUGGUCAGAUUGUCUCAAUCAAGAUCCAGAAAGUCCCAAACCAAAGUUUGUAAGAGAAGUUCUAGAAAAAUGUAUGAGGUUAUCUUACCAUCAGCGUAUAUUAGAUAUUGUCCCUCCUACCUUCUCCGCUCUGUGUCCUGCAAACCCAACCUGCAUUUACAAGUAUGGAGAUGAAAGUAGCAACACCCUUCCUGGACAUUCAGUUGCCCUCUGUUUAGCUGUGGCCUUUAAAAGUAAAGCGACCAACGAUGAAAUCUUCAGCAUUCUGAAAGAUGUACCAAAUCCUAACCAGGAUGACGAUGAUGAUGAAGGAUUCAGCUUUAACCCAUUAAAAAUAGAGGUCUUUGUACAGACUCUGCUACACUUAGCAGCCAAGUCAUUCAGCCACUCCUUCAGCGCUCUUGCAAAAUUUCAUGAAGUCUUCAAAACCCUAGCUGAAAGUGAUGAAGGAAAAUUACAUGUUCUAAGAGUCAUGUUUGAGGUCUGGCGGAACCAUCCACAGAUGAUUGCUGUACUAGUAGAUAAGAUGAUUCGUACGCAGAUUGUUGACUGUGCUGCAGUAGCAAACUGGAUCUUCUCUUCAGAACUAUCUCGUGACUUUACCAGAUUGUUUGUUUGGGAAAUCCUGCACUCCACAAUUCGUAAGAUGAACAAACAUGUUCUGAAGAUUCAGAAAGAGCUAGAAGAAGCUAAAGAAAAACUCGCAAGGCAACACAAACGGCGAAGUGAUGACGACGACAGAAGCAGUGACAGGAAAGAUGGGGCUCUUGAGGAACAAAUAGAAAGACUGCAGGAAAAAGUGGAAUCUGCUCAGAGUGAACAAAAGAAUCUCUUCCUUGUCAUAUUUCAGCGUUUCAUCAUGAUCUUGACUGAGCACUUAGUACGAUGUGAAACUGAUGGGACCAGUGUAUUAACACCGUGGUAUAAGAACUGUAUAGAGCGGCUCCAGCAGAUCUUCCUUCAGCAUCACCAAAUAAUCCAGCAGUACAUGGUGACCCUGGAGAACCUGCUCUUCACGGCUGAGUUAGACCCUCACAUCCUGGCUGUGUUCCAGCAGUUCUGUGCACUGCAGGCCUGAGGGUCGUCCUUUUUUUUUUUUUUUUUUUUUUCUUCAGGAUUUUGUUUGCAAUCUCAAAAUAAUUUGUCUUAUUUUUGAUGGUUUCAAUGCUUGCUUUCUUGUAGCAUCCUUUCACUUUACUAAAGGAAACAGAGGGGAAGGAAGAUGGUGAAGAAUAUGGUAAUUGCCCCUAAAAAGCAGAUAUUCCCUAAUGACAAUAAUGUGAUGAUGACCAUAGGAUGUAUUAUAUAUGUGACAGAUACAAUUUUUCUCUGAUAUUUUUUCUCCUGAAGGCACAAAAGAUAACUGAUUAGAAAAAGAAGUAUAUGAAACACUAGAGGUCAAACUUACAGAGUAGUGUGUAGAACUGAUGGGCUUAUCAAGUAGCAUAGCUUUUCACAGCUCAUGGAUAACCUAACACAGCUGAAAUAAAACUAAAAGUAUGUUUUUUAAGCACUGGUAUUUCAUGAUUUAUCAUCUCCGUCUACUUUAAAAUUGGUGGUUUCUUACUAAAAGUGUACUUACCUCCAUCUGAAAUUUUCUCUUCAAAAUAUUUUUUCAUAACUGUAGUAUUUUAAGAAACUGUUAUUAAAAAGUGUUACUAAUUAGAGUGGCAGUUUCUAAAUACAUCUGAACAUAAAUCACCUUCAGAUUUCUAAAUUUAUUUUUUAUGUCCAACGACAAUCUCUGGGGGUGGAACACAGAGUUCUUAAGGCUCCCUGAUAAUUCCAGUGUACAGACAAGUUUUAGAACUGUUAUCUUAGAACAUCUGGUCAUUUUCUCAAAACUAAGAUUCAUCCAAGGUCGUAUUAGUGAGUUAACAUGCUAAACUGCAAUUAGAAGUAGCUAGAUUGAAUAACUAUACUUGGCAGUAGGUGUAGGUUUAGGUUAUAUUUCUGUGGAAUCUGGUGCAAGUAACUACUAAUUCCUGAGCCUGUUUCCUAUAUGGUGUUGUUCAUUAAACCUUUGAAAAAAAUUUACCAGUAAUUCCACAGCUGGUAUCUUUGUGCAUUUAUACAAUAUAGGUAUUUUUUUAACUUAGUCCAUCAUAAGUUUAUGAUGCAUUAAGCAUUUUCCAUAUUGAUACAGUCUUUUUGGUUUACCACACAGUUAAGUGGCUAGAGAAUAUAGAGUACACAAUAGAUGGGAACUCCUAGGAUUUUUAAAUACCAUACAUUUAAGAAAUAAUCACAAGAUUAAGGUUGCACGGCAAGUUACUGUCAGAAAGGGAAGUAAAGUUCUUAACUAAAUGUUCAUCUGCUGAUACUGUUCCUACUUCCUACAAACUAUGUCAUUCAUUAGUUAGAAGUGGCUCCUAUUCUCAGGAAGCUGAAGGAUAACCAUUUAAGGCUUUGGUAACUUUGCCCUAAUCUGCUUUGUAAUCCUUUCAUAACGUACUGCAAAGUUUGGCUAGGUAUACUUACUUGAGCCAAAUCCUAGAGGAGUUUCUAGGUUUUCCUCCCCUUUUCUCUUGCACCCUCUCUUCAUGUGGUAACAACUGCUUCUAAUGACUGCUCACUGAUGUUACUGGGCUCUGACCCAGUUUGGCAGCUAGGUAUAUGGAAAAACUGAACAAGAGAUUGACUUUUGAAGGAAUAAAAGUGUAAGAGCACACUUCCAACAGUUGCUGUCCCCCUCUAAUGAAGCUCACACAGACAAAAGGAUGGCAUGUCACUGUACAUCAGACCUUGCAAUAAAUGGAUAUUCUGCUAAACUACUGAUGCCAUUUAACAUGCUUUUGUCAAAGUGACCGUAUGCUUUUGUUUUCUUUGAUUAUAAUCUCCCUUUGGUUUCCUUGAUUCUCCAUCUCCCUUCUAGAAAUUAUUCAGAAAGCAGUUCAUAUGAAGAUAAGUUUGUUUGCUUUUCCUAGAAAGCGUUUAGCAGUGAUUUGCAUAAUUUACUAAUCUACAGGUAUACCUGAAAAUGAAAGAAGAGGAUAGAACUUGGCCUUUAGUGACACCUGUAUACCAUGAUUAUCUUAAAUUAAUGGAAGUAAAGAGUGACUAGAAGCUACCUCAACUGGGCAUGUCUAUGACCACACUGGUUUUGGUCAUAAUACGUGCUCAUUAAUAAAUGGCUGUUAUGUGCCAGGUGUUAUAGAUUCACCAUAUUUGUCAUGACAGUUCUUAGAUUAUUAUGCCCAUCUAAAAGAAAAACAGGCCCACGGAGUAACUUACCCAGGGUCCACAGCUAAUGUGAACCUAUAUCCAUGUGGUUCAAGGGCUCCUCAUCUCCCAAGGUACUAAUGCUGUUGUCAGCAGCCUGAACCCCUAGUUAUUCUGUUUUCAUAAAGCUGCAAGCUUUUUUUUUUUGUCCCAAUCAGGUCAUGCUGCCCAUUUAAAAUCAAUUUUUACUGAGCUGUAAAAAUUUAGCAUAGCACAUUAAAAAAAUCAACACUCAACAGAUAUAUAGUAAAGAUUGCUGUAUUGAAUACUUACAUAGAAAACAAUUAGUAACAGUCUCAAGCCUAUUUGGGUUUGACUUGUUUUGACUUUUGCCCUUAAGCAUAAUCUCCAAGAGCUAUCUAAAGAGAAAAAAUGUAUAAAAACUUCCCAUUCAUUUAUUUGUAGCAAUAGGAUAAAAAGUUCUUCCUGUCGAAGAACAACUUGAAAACACCUAGUUUAUCUUAACUUGAUUUUAUCAAAAAAAAAAAAAAA